AUGAUGAAACAUUCAGGCCUUCUCCCAUAUGUUGCCCUAGAGGUAGCAGUCGCCCCUCCCACCCGUUUCGAUGUCGACCGGGAUGGGGAGAAUCCCUCACAAACCCCUACCUUGUCAGCCGAGCUUACCAUCCCGAAGGAAAGCAUCAGCACCAACCCGGAAAAGAGAAUCGGUAUAACCACCGCCCUCCAAUACGUCACUGUGGCAGCCUACCCACCCCUCCUCUCCUUCAUCCGCCAAUUCGUCCGCGAAAAUCUCCAUCCAAAUGUGCCAUACCAAGACGGCCCAGAGGAUAAGAAGAGCGAUUGGAUUAGAGAGACCGAGUGUAUGUUGUGCAAGGAAUUUGUGUAUAUGAAUGCCAUACAGACCGCGAGGCCAAGGGGUGUUAACGUCGUAACUGUUGCUAUGGAUUCGGAUGGAAUGAUGGUGCGGGAUCAGGGUGAAGGGAAGAGGAGGCUUGCGGAUAUUCUGGAGAAUUGGGUUUUCAGUCAAAGGGAAGAAGCUACAUUUGAUGUAUACGGUGACGUAAGUUUUUCCAGCCAGCAAACGGGCGUAUUCGCCAUAGAAUUGGCCAGAACCAAACCAGCGCCGUCAUCCCCGCCCCACGACGACAAGAGAUCUACGCCCUCUGCGAAAAAUGCGACAUCAUCGUACGACCCAUACUGGCACCUCCAAUAUCCCUCCGCGGCAGAUGCAUUAGAAGCUCACUUCCGCAGCGUCACAAACGACACGACAAAUGAUACAGACUGCCGCGUAGUCCGACUAGAAACCUUCCCCAAAUCCAUCGCCUCGGCUGCCGCCUGGGCUGGCUCACGGCGCAACCCGAGCUUAUCGAGCGCAUUGACUUGA